AUGUCUUCCUCUUCAGAACAUACCCAUGAUGAGGAUCAUUGGUCGAAGGAUGAAUCAACACCAACAUACGAGCCACUCAACUAUAUCGAACAACAUGACGUGGAGACGCUCACGCGGAUUGCUACUCAGCAGUCUCGCCGACAGUCAACCAUACCUGCUCAUCGUCUUGCAUCAGUGGCCCAACACGAUGCCUCAUUGAAUCCUCAAUCGAAGGAAUUUGACCUACGAAAAUGGCUCGGCAUGGCCAUGAGCGACGCCCAGCGCGAUGGAACCCAUCGCGGCCAGAACUUGGGAAUUGUUUUCAAGAACCUCAAUGUCUACGGAUCAGGGGCAGCUUUGCAAUUCCAGGAUACUGUCGACUCCAUGUUGACUGCCCCUCUUCGAAUUCCCCAGAUGAUUCGUGAAUCCCACGCCCCUAAACGGCGAAUCCUGAAGGACUUCAAUGGUCUGGUGAAGAAGGGCAUCCCCCAAUCUCGCAUGAUUAAGGAGUACAAGGGCGAAGUGGUAUACAACCAAGAGGUCGAUCGCCAUUUCCCUCACUUGACAGUCGGACAAACGCUCGAAUUCGCCAGUGCGACACGAACCCCAUCCCAUCGCUUCGAUGGCAUGUCUCGCUCAGAGUUUUCCAAGUAUAUGGCACAAGUUGUGAUGGCAGUCUUUGGUCUCAGUCACACCUAUAACACACGGGUCGGAGAUGACUUCAUUCGUGGUGUCUCCGGUGGUGAAAGAAAGCGUUUUGUCGAAUCCUUGCGCCUUCUUUCGGAUCUCGCCGGCUCCUCUCACCUCGUCGCUGCCUACCAGGCCAGCCAAAACAUCUAUGACAUCUUCGAUAAAGUUGUUGUUCUUUAUGAAGGUCGCCAGGUCUUCUUUGGGCAAGCCAAGGUUGCAAAGGAAUUUUUUGAGCGGCAAGGAUGGGUUUGCCCUCCUCGCCAGACGACUGGAGACUUCCUCACCUCAGUGACGAAUCCUGAUGAGCGUCAGGCUCAACCGGGCAUGGAAAACCGUGUUCCUCGCACCCCUGAGGACUUUGAGAAAUUCUGGCUCAACUCUCCCGAGUACACACAACUUCAAAAGGAAAUUACCGACUACGAGAAGGAAUAUCCAUUGGAGGCAGACUCCUCGGCUGCCAUUGAGCUCCAAGAAAAGAAGCGUGGCAAACAAGCCAAGCAUACCCGCCCCAAGUCGCCAUAUAUUAUCAGCGUGCCCAUGCAGAUUAAGCUGAACACAGUUCGUGCCUAUCAACGUCUCUGGAAUGAUGCAGCUGCGACAGUCUCUACCGUCGUUAGUAACAUCAUCAUGGCACUGAUUAUUGGAUCCGUGUUCUAUAAUUCCCCCGCCAUGACUUCCGGCUUCCAAGCUCGUGGAGCCACUCUUUUCUUUGCCGUCCUGCUCAACGCUCUUACUGCGAUGAGUGAAAUCAACAGUCUUUAUUCCCAACGCCCAAUUGUCGAGAAGCAUAAUUCAUAUGCAUUCUAUCAUCCGUUUACAGAGGCAGUGGCUGGUAUAGCAGCAGAUAUACCAGUCAAAUUUGCCCUCGCCGUCGCCUUCAACAUCAUCCUUUACUUCCUUUCUGGACUUAAGCGAGAAGCCGGACAUUUCUUCUUGUACUUCCUAGUUACCUUCCUGAUUAUGUUUGUUAUGAGUGCAGUGUUCCGAACUUUGGCCGCUGUCACGAAGACAAUCUCUCAGGCCAUGGGUCUGGCUGGUGUUAUGAUUCUCGCUCUUGUCGUUUAUACAGGUUUCGUCUUACCGGUGCCAUCCAUGCAUCCCUGGUUUGAGUGGAUUCAUUAUCUGAAUCCUAUCUACUAUGCCUUCGAAAUCCUGGUUGCCAACGAAUUCCAUGGAAGAGAUUUCCCUUGCUCGCAAUUCGUUCCCUCUUAUGCUGAUCUGGCUGGAACCGCAUUUUCCUGCUCCGUCAUUGGCUCCGUGGCUGGCGAACAAACUGUCAACGGUGACAGGUACAUCUGGUUGAAUUACAAGUACACCUAUGCUCAUGUCUGGCGUAACCUUGGAAUCCUGUUUGCGUUCCUGGUCGGCUUCAUGGCUAUCUACUUCAUUGCCUGCGAGUUGAACUCCUCCACCACCAGCACUGCCGAGGCUCUUGUCUUCCGUCGUGGCCAUGAGCCCGCUUACAUGCGCCGUGGUCAAGAGAAAUCUGGUGACGAUGUUGAAAAUACCACCGGAGCUCCAGUGAAACAGUCCUCCUCUGACGGAGAAGAUGGCCAGGGAAUGUCUGCCAUUCAGCCUCAGACUGAUGUCUUCACUUGGCGCGAUGUCUCUUACGAUAUUGAGAUCAAGGGUGAGCCCCGACGACUUUUGGAUCAUGUUUCUGGAUGGGUCAAGCCAGGUACUCUCACUGCACUUAUGGGUGUUAGCGGUGCUGGUAAAACUACUCUUCUUGAUGUUUUGGCCCAUCGAACCUCCAUGGGUGUUAUCACUGGCGAUAUGUUUGUCAAUGGAAAGGGGCUUGAUGCUAGCUUCCAGCGGAAGACCGGUUACGUUCAGCAACAGGAUCUCCAUCUCGAAACUGCUACGGUUCGCGAGAGUCUACGAUUCAGUGCUCUUUUGCGUCAGCCUGCCAGUGUCUCGCUUAAGGAAAAGUAUGACUAUGUUGAGCAGGUCAUUGGCAUGCUUCGGAUGGAGGAUUUUGCGGAAGCAAUCGUUGGAGUUCCCGGCGAAGGUCUCAAUGUCGAGCAGCGCAAGCUGUUGACUAUCGGUGUUGAAUUGGCUGCGAAGCCUAAACUUCUUCUCUUUUUGGACGAGCCAACCAGUGGUCUCGACUCCCAAAGUUCUUGGGCUAUUUGCUCCUUCUUGCGCAAGCUAGCCGAGCAUGGUCAAGCAGUUCUUUGCACCAUUCACCAGCCUAGUGCUAUUCUCUUCCAGCAAUUCGACCAGCUUCUAUUCUUAGCCCGAGGUGGUAAGACCGUUUACUUUGGCCCUGUCGGCGAACAAUCUAGAACCCUCCUGGACUACUUUGAGGCUCACGGCGCCCGAAAAUGCGAUGACAGCGAGAACCCUGCCGAGUUCAUGCUCGAUGUGGUUAAUGCUGGCACGAACCCCCAGGGCCAAGAUUGGUUUGAUGUCUGGAAGCAAAGCAAGGAAUCCGUCGCCGUCCAGGCCGAGAUCGACCGCAUCCACAAGGAAAAGCAAGGUCAACAGACUGAGGCCGAAGAUGCCUCUGCCACUGCCGAGUUUGCUAUGCCAUUCUGGUUCCAGCUGUACCAAGUCACCUACCGUGUUUUCCAACAGUACUGGCGUAUGCCCUCGUACGUUGUCUCCAAGUGGGGACUGGGUAUUGCAGCUGGUCUCUUCAUCGGGUUCUCAUUCUACCAAGCCAAGACUUCGCUUCAAGGAAUGCAGACAAUCAUCUACUCGGUCUUCAUGCUUUGCACAAUCUUCACAUCCCUGGUACAACAAUUGAUGCCUUUGUUCGUUACCCAACGCUCUCUUUAUGAGGUUCGCGAGAGGCCCUCCAAGGCCUAUUCCUGGAAGGCAUUCCUCAUCGCCAACGUCAUUGUCGAAAUUCCCUACAUGGUUAUCACCGGUAUUCUCAUCUUUGCUUGUUAUUUCUACGCCGUCGUGGGAAUCCCCAGCUCUCUCAGCCAGGGUACUGUCCUUCUUUUCUGCAUGCAAUUCUUCAUCUACGCCAGUACCUUUGCCCAAAUGUGCAUUGCCGCUUUGCCCGAUGCCCAGACUGCCAGUGCGGUCGUUGUCCUUCUCUUCGCUAUGUCUCUCACUUUCAACGGUGUGAUGCAGCCCCCAUCUGCUCUCCCAGGAUUCUGGAUCUUCAUGUACCGCGUCUCUCCCUUCACAUACUGGGUCGGAGGCAUGGUUUCAACCCAGGUUCACGAUCGAGCCAUUGUAUGUUCUCAGUCUGAACUCUCCAUCUUUGACCCGCCAUCUGGCCAAACCUGCUGGCAGUAUCUUGAGAAGUACGCAACAUUGGCCGGUGGUCAAGUGCUUAACAAGGACGCCACUUCUAGCUGCGAGUACUGCUCUUUGCAGGUUGCUGAUCAGUUCACAGCGCAAUCGGAGAUCUACUACUCCGACCGCUGGAGAAACUUUGGCAUCGUGUGGGCCUUCAUCAUCUUCAAUAUCUUCAUGGCUACCGUUCUCUACUACACUUUCCGUGUCAAGAAAUGGAGUCUUGAUGGUAUCAAGCAGAAGCUUGGAAGCAUCAUCCCGUCGAAGAAAUCCAAGGCUACUCAAUAA